GCGCACGCCCCUUGCACAUGCAGAGCUCACAUGCACCGUGGCUUUACUAAACGCGUAGCACGGUCACAUAAGCGCAUCAAAUCUCCCCUCAGCUCUAGAUACCGGCCAAUGAGAACGCAUUACAGAGUAAAAGGACGGAAGGAGAGAGUGAAAGGAGAGUUCAAAUGGGACAUAUAGUGAGAUGAGAUACAUCCAAACAGACACAACAGAAAUUGAGAGAGGACGAGUCACAUUUUUUAAGCCACCUGAAAACGUGAUUGAUGUGGAAGUGAGUGUGUGUAUUAUUUGGUCUAGUUUACAGUUCAGUUCAUCCUCGGAGAUGCUGAUGGAGCUGUGAAUUAUUGGGAUUUUUUAUUAAAAUCACUUGUUCUCUGCUCGCGACACUCCCUUCCGCUGAACCAAGCAACUCACUAGCACAGUGCAGAACGGAUCCAGGUAGCACGCAAUAAUAAUAUAUCCUGCACACCUGAGACAGUUGGACAUAACUCUUCUGCAUAGAAUACWGCUGGACAUAACUGUGCUUACAGUAUACUACGGAGUGUUCUGUCGUUGACAGAUCAAUACGAUUGUCUUCUUCUGUUCCAUGGCUCAGGUAUUUUACGCACAGGUAGUUCUCGACUAUCACCUGUCUGUAGUUUAGUAUUGAUCCUGCAUAUUGACAUUCAGAAGCAGCUGUAUAUUGACAAGUCGAGCUUCAUUCAUCACAGCAAACAAGACACACCAAGAAACAUGGACAGUCCGGGUGGUGGUGUUAUUCUGUAUGCGGGCUCCUCUGGCAGUGCCAGCCCCGGCAGCCCGUCCAGUGGGUACCAGACCGAGUCCCCCCCCUCCUCCCACUCCCAGCCCUCCUCCCCAGAGGAGAUCACCUUCACAGAGCUCGGGCCCCUGGGGUCCCUGAAGGGCCAGAGAGGAGGAAGAUGUACCCCUCCAUCUUCCAAACUGGUGUUCCAGUUCCCAGAAGUCUACAAUGUGGCUACAUCAACAUCCACCCACCAGCACACCUACCAACACCCCAUCGCUGGGACAAGACCAUGUGGAUUCACAGGAACUUUCACCAAGGCUGGUGGGAUGGUGCUCCUGUGCAAAGUGUGUGGAGACAUUGCAUCUGGGUUCCACUACGGAGUGCACGCUUGUGAGGGUUGCAAGGGUUUCUUCCGUCGCAGCAUCCAGCAGAACAUCAACUACAAGAUGUGUGUGAAAAAUGAGAACUGCCUCAUCAUGAGAAUGAACCGCAACCGUUGCCAACACUGUCGCUUCAAGAAAUGCCUCUUCGUUGGCAUGUCCAGAGAUUCUGUGCGUUUUGGCCGUAUCCCUAAGAGGGAGAAGCAGAGGCUUCUGGAGGAGAUGCAAAACUACAUGAACAGCCUGAACGAGUCUAACACCACCAUGGACGUAGACUCCUCCCCCAUCUCCGAAGCCCCUCUCAGCCCAGCAGAGGUUCCCUCUAAAGAGGCAAUCAGAGCCAUCUCACGGUCCUAUCAGGACAUCUUCGCCAGCAGCCAAGGCAGGGCAGCCAAGACGGGCAUCAACAUUAAUAACAAAAAUAACAACCUCCCAACAUCCUGCCCCUUCAAGAGUAACGCAUCUCAGGAGACCUCCCAUGGCUCCUCCGGCUCUACUCAGGGGUAUCAGUCCUGUCCUGCAGGCCCCGCCCCUUGCUGCUCAGUAACCAAUGACAACCACCAUACAUUCCCAUCUGUGGACAACAGUUGCUAUAGUUACUCUGCGACAUCCAAUCAGAAUCAUGGACAGUCCAAUAUCGACACGCCUCAACGGGGCAGCCCGACCGAUCACAACUGUUUCUCCAUUAAGGAAGAGACCCAAGAGACCCAAACUCAGACUUCCUGUCCAUGGAAGUUAGCAGCGGGCACCAAAGUGCUGGCUUGUCCUCUCAAUGCGUGUCCUGUCUCUGCGGCCAGUCGUUCCGGCCAGCAGGUAUGGGAGGCUUUCUCCCACUGUUUCACCCCAGCAGUGAGGGAAGUGGUGGAGUUUGCCAAGGGCAUCCCUGGCUUCCAGGAGCUCAGCCAGCACGACCAGGUCAUGCUGCUCAAAUCAGGCACCUUCCAGGUGUUGAUGGUGAGGUACUGCACCCUGUUCAACCCUGAGGAGCGGACGGUGACCUUCCUGAACGGCCAGACAUACCCUCUGUCCUCCCUGCGGGCGCUGGGGAUGGGGGCGCUGCUCAACUCCAUGUUUGACUUCAGUGAGAAGCUGGGAACUCUAAGGCUGGAGCCUGAAGAGAUGGCUCUGUUCAUGGCCGUCGUGCUGGUCUCUGCAGACCGUUCAGGCAUCGCUGACAUGGGUGCAGUAGAACAGCUCCAGGAAGGGUUGAUCCGCGCCAUGCGUUCUCUCAUCCACCGCCGUCGUCCUGAAGAGAGCGCUGCCAUAUUCCCCAAGCUGCUCCUGCGCCUGCCCGACCUGCGCACCCUCAACAGCCUGCACUCAGACAAGUUGCUGGCCUUCCGCAUUGACCCCUGAACAGCCCUGAACACACACAUCCACACACACACACAGCCUAUCACAACUUGCCCACCACCACUUUCUAGGGCAGGACUGCCCGGAGACUUUCCAUGAGAAGAACAAUGAUGACUUGGGGAUAUCAAAAAAUAUAUAUUCAAGAAGCAUGUUUGAAAAAAUACAAUAUUGAACAGAUUUUGAUCGUCAUCCUGUUUUCAUGCACACUUAUACACACUUAUACACACUUAUACACACUUAUACACACACACACACACAAAUAACUUCAAGAUCUCCAUUUGGUGAAAGAUGGUCUGUUAGAACGUACAUCAGUGUUUUACGCUUACCGUUACCCUCCUGGACAGAUUCAUGUGUAUUGCUGUUUACCCAGAGACCAAAAGACUGACUGUUCACUUACUUGUUUAACUCAUUCCUAAUCUACUGACCAUCGCCAAACCACAGUUGAGAGAGAAUCAGAGAAGAAGAUGUUUGUGGACAAUGAUGAGUCAGGGACCAUUAUUGGGGACUGAAUGUGUGGGGGUUUAAUGUGUGAAUAAGAGAAAGAGAUCCUGUAUAUAUAAUAAUAAUACAUAAACUUUACACUUAAGAUCAUAUGACUCCCAUUUCAGUUAUAAACACGUCUGGGGUUUAAAUAUGCAAUUAAGUCUAUAUAUAUAUUCAACAGCCUGGGAUUUCAUAUAGAAAUGCUAUUUUCUGUGUACUGUAACAUCUGCAUCAGGUUUAAUGGAGACAGAGACAGCACUGUGUCUCUAAGCAUGUUGGGUUUUGUACUCCAUUUUGUUCAGAUUAUUUUGUUGUUGUAAAUAAUAUAUUGUCUUAUUCAAAUAAUACCAAUAUAUGGUGGAUCUGCUGGGCAAAAUCACAGUACAUAAGACAAGUUUAUGGAUCAGAGCCUAUAGAAAUGUUAUUGACUCUCUAAAGGGUGGGGGUUGGCAAUGAAGAAGUGGACUAUGCACUGGAGAAAGUCAUGUUGGAGAAGGCUCUGUAUUGUAUUGGGGAGAGGGAUGUGCCAUUAGCAGACACUCUUAUCCAGAGUAGAGUAGUGAGUGCAUGCAUUUUCAUAACUCACAGUGGUGUCAGAUCAGAUCGCAUAUUGAAUCAAACCAGCAGAAUCCCUGAAUUCACCAGCUCUCCUCACUCCACAACCCACAAUAUGCACAUUCUCCCCUAUCCCCAUCCCCAAGGUUUGUCAUACAAACUGAAAAAGAGACUCGGGGUGAAUAAGGAUCUUACCUGAUUGCUACAGAUCUGAGCACAUCUUCUACUGUUUGUAAAUGUUGUUUCUUCUUGUUCCAUAGAAAUUAUAUAAAGAUGAAAUGAUGUAACCUAUUGAA